UGACGCGGGCCGCCCCUCCCCUCGCCGCCGCCGGCCGCCAUGUCGUCUUUCCCGGAGCUGUAUUUCAACGUGGAUAACGGCUACCUGGAAGGCUUGGUGAGGGGUUUCAAAGCUGGCGUGCUCCGCCAGGGGGACUACGUCAACCUGGUGCAGUGCGAGAGCCUGGAGGACUUGAAGCUGCACCUCCAGAGUACAGACUAUGGGAACUUCCUGGCCAACGAAGCCUCCCCGCUCACCGUCUCCGUCAUAGAUGACAAGCUGAAGGAGAAGAUGGUGGUGGAGUUCCGUCACAUGAGGAACCAUGCCUAUGAGCCCCUAGCAAGUUUUCUGGACUUCAUCACGUACAGCUACAUGAUUGACAAUGUCAUUCUGCUGAUCACUGGGACUCUGCACCAACGUUCCAUCUCCGAACUGGUGCCCAAGUGCCAUCCUCUGGGAAGUUUUGAGCAGAUGGAAGCCGUGAACAUUGCUCAGACACCUGCUGAGCUCUACAAUGCGAUCCUGGUGGACACUCCCCUGGCUGCUUUCUUCCAAGACUGCAUCUCUGAACAGGACCUGGAUGAAAUGAACAUUGAAAUCAUUCGAAACACACUGUAUAAGGCUUACCUGGAGUCCUUCUACAAGUUCUGCAAGGUGCUGGGAGGUACCACAGCAGAUGCCAUGUGCCCCAUCCUGGAGUUUGAAGCUGACCGGAGAGCCUUCAUCAUCACCAUCAACUCCUUUGGCACUGAGCUGUCCAAGGAGGACAGGGCAAAGCUGUUCCCUCACUGUGGCAAGCUCUACCCUGAGGGCCUGGCUCAGCUAGCCAGAGCAGAUGACUAUGAACAAGUCAAGAAUGUUGCUGACUACUACCCUGAGUACAAGCUGCUGUUUGAAGGGGCUGGCAGCAACCCUGGAGACAAGACCCUUGAAGACAGGUUCUUUGAGCAUGAGGUGAAGCUGAACAAGCUGGCCUUCCUCAACCAGUUCCACUUUGGAGUCUUCUAUGCCUUCGUGAAGCUGAAGGAGCAGGAGUGCCGCAACAUCGUGUGGAUCGCAGAGUGCAUCGCCCAGCGCCACAGGACCAAGAUCGACAACUACAUUCCCAUCUUCUAACCCUGCUCUGCUCCUGUCCCACCCUCCUGCCUCUGGAGUCUGGCAGGAUCCUUAUCUAACUCCCUGAGUUAUCCCAUGCCCCGACUCCAGGAUUGUCCCAUCUGUGGAACUGGCUCAGAUGAGGAAGCUGUACAGUCGCUAAUUUAAAUUAUUCACGAGUUUGAGUUGUGUGCUGUGAGGGGUCCAGAGGGACCAGUGGCACAGGCUUGGCCCUGUGCAGCAGGAGGGACCCCUCCUGCUGUGUAUCUCCUCAUCCCUGUGUUCCUGUACUAAUUGCUGUAUGUGCUUAAUGUUCCUAGAGCAAACACCAGCUGUGGGGGUUGCUGCCUCCAAGGAGUUCCCACUAGCACAGGGCACACAUCAGGGCUGCUGUGGCCAGGGGUCUGCUGGCAGUGCCCUGCACCCCUCCUAGUCACUGUUCUUCCUGUGAGGUGUAGUUUGUGUGGUGUGUAGUGUAGCCCGUGCUGCUGUGCAAUCCCUGCAUCCCCCUGUAACUAACCCUGACCUGGGAGAGACUGAGCAACCCUGGCCAGGGUUGGGAUGGAGCCUGUGGGGCAGAGGCAGAGCCAGGGGAGCAGAGCUCCUCCCUGCUCCAGCACCAUGUGCACUUGUGUCCUCAGAAGCAGUUCUCAGCAGUUUCCCUCCUGCCAUGGAGCCUGCUGCUUGAGCUCCUUUCUCCUCUGAAGACCCACAGCUUGGAGCUGUCACACCCCUGUGACAGUCAAGGCUCUGGGGACAGUGCUGGACCCCUGGGCCCCCCUGGGGCAGACACCAGGCUGGCAAAGCCACCUCCCUUGCCCAGGGCAUCCAGGCUGUUACUGCCAGGGAGUUGUACAGGCACAGCUGGUCCCUGGGCUGGGUGGCCCUUGGCUCUCCUCCACGCAGUCACCCCGAUGAGUGCAGAGGGUGGCUGGUGGCAGAAAUGUCCCACACCCUGUCCAGGCCCUGCCUGUCUGUGGUUAGGGGAUGGGAGCCAAGCCCUGGGCACGGCAGCCCUGCUCCUUGCUGUGCCCAGGACAGCUCCCACUGGUGCUCCAGGUGGUGUGACAGUGGAGAAGCCUUGCUGGUGGGAAAUGUGCUCGGUGGUGCUGCUGGGAGGAGGGAUGGAUGCAGAGUGGCUCCAUCCCAGCUUGUGCUGCAGUGUUUGUUAUCCCGUGAUCCUCUCUACACCAAUAAAUUCCUGCCUCCUGCA